AUGGCAGGGGCAAUCAUAGAGAACAUGAGCACUAAGAAAUUGGUUUUCUUGGGUAUUUUUAUUCUUGUUUUCCAAAUUCUUUCCAUCUCGAUUGGAGCUUUGAUUGCUCCCAAUCCCACCAGUGCUAUCUGCUACUUGGCCACCAAAUGUAUAAAUCGCCACCGGUCACGUGGCUGGCUCAUGCCGUGGGGGUCUAAUCGUUGCCAGCAGGUCAAGAGCUUUGACGAACCUUUGGCCAAAACUCUGGAUGCCAACGACAUUGUUUUUGCCGUUCAUCUGCCUCUUCCCAACAUGAAGAUGAGCCCCUGGUUCCAGUACGUGCUGGCAGUUCUUCAAUUUGACAUUGCAUUCAAAAUGAUCAAUCAGAUUGAAGAUGAUGUUAUCAUCACUAUUGACGCUGGUAUCGCAUACAGAGAUGAUGUGAUGUCUGAGUGGACCACACAGUUUCACUCGGUGGAGCAAAGGCCUCUCAAGUGCAUGUUAGGAGUCCCUAAGACGUAUGAAAACGAAGGCCGCUUUUAUCACUGUGACCCCAUACCCUUCAUGGAACUGGGUACUGUUGCCCACAAGUACUUUUUAAUUAACCUGCGCUUGCCAGUGAAUGACACAAUGAAUGUUGGCAUUGGAGAAAUAAAGGACAUCCAUAUGGUGGGCAUCCACCAGAACGGAGGCUUUACUAAAGUGUGGAUCAGCAUCAAGACUGUAUUCAGUCCCUGGAUACUUGUGGCAACAGCCUGGUACUGGUACAGAAUCAGUCUGAUGGCCAGACCUCCAGUCCUUUUGGAAAAGGUGAUCUUUGCUCUGGGUGUCUCCAUGACCUUCCUGAAUAUUCCGGUAGAGUGGCUCUCCCUUGCCUUUGAGUGGACGUGGAUGCUGCUGUUUGAGGAUGUACAGCAGGGCGUCUUCUACUCCACACUAUUCUGUUUCUGGGUCAUCUUCUGUGGUGAACACCUCAUGGACCAAAGUCAGAGGAAUCGUCUCUCAGCGUACUGGUGGCAGGUCGGGCUUGUGGUGUUCGGAUCAUCCGUCCUCCUCAUAUUUGACCUGAGUGAAAGGGGCGUUCAUUUGACCAACCCUUUCUACAGUGUGUGGGCAUCAGACAUCGGGACAAAGAUUUCAUUUACCUUCAUCAUUGUGGCAGGGCUUUCAGUCUCUCUGUAUUUCCUUUCCCUGUGUCACAUGGUGCAUUGUGUGUUCAGGAACAUUGGUGGGAAAGUACAGCGACUUCCUGCAAUGCCAGAGACCAGAAGGCUGUGCUAUAAGGGUAUCAUCUUCAGGUUCAAGUUUUUGAUGUUGGUAACUCUUGCAUGUGCAGCCAUGACUAUCAUCUUCUUCAUCUUAAAUCAAGUCAGUGAAGGCCACUGGCACUGGGGAGACUACACUCUCCAGGUCCACAGUGCUUUUCUCACAGGGAUCUAUGGCAUGUGGAAUCUGUACGUUUUCACCAUCAUCUUCCUCUACGCACCCUCCCACAAGCACAAGUCGGGAGACUGUCAACCAACAGAUGCGAUGGAGGAGCCAGAAAGUCCAGAGACACAGCUGACGUGUGGAGAGCAGGGACCAACAGAGACAUACAGGAUGACGGGGAAGGUGGCUGAGGAUUAA